AUGUGCGAGUCGCGAUUCGCGGACAAAAACCAGCAGCUAACCCGCAAGGUCCCUCCCCACGUCCCCAAGGUCCUCACUGGGACCAGCAGAAGUGUAGAAUUGGUGAGCGCCAACCCUCAAGGUCCCCAGAAAGGUCGGCGCUACGUCGUCUCGUCCGCCAUCAUGCCUCAGGCCAGCGACCGUCAUGCUGGCUGCUGCUCUUGCCCCCUCUCUCGCUCUCUGUCAUUGAAUCAGAAAGAGAUUGAUGCGUUUGUGCUUUUAUCUCGCUCGUUCUUAGAGCACUCGCCGGGGUCGACAAGCGACUCCUCUGAAAUCUCUGGCAAGAUGGCCACUCACACCAGAAAGGACGACUUCUGCCUCGAAUGCCACUGGGAGUCUUUCCAUCUGGACGGCAAAAACUCGGAGGAUUCGUCCGUGGCCCCUGCGUCCACCUGGGACAAUUGCCCUGAUAAGGGCCACGAUGCCUCAGACUCCCACUGCCAUGUCGACAGCGCCUGCUGCGACACUGACAACUGCUCCAUCACCUGUCCCUCUGUGUGUGACGGCUUCGUCGAGUGCCACGACGCUGCUGACUGCUCGACGACAUCUCAUUGUGACGAGCUUGAAUGUCAUGACCCUGCCCCUGUCUGCUUCGACGACCACUGCUUUGAUCCGGAGCACAACCCAGACAUCACAGAGCACUCGUUAGAGUCUCUGUUUGGCCUGGGGAUACCCAUGAGUCCGGACAAGACCGACUUUCCAGUUACUCUGGAACAAUGUCAGGAAGAUCAUCAGCUGUCCAAGGCUAUUGACCAUACUGGCGUUGGCUUGAACCCUUCAUUAUGCAAUGGUCCUUUCUUCACGCCGGACUCAAUAGCAUUGACCCCCUGCCAUCCUCCUCACAGCUACCACCACGACCCUCACCACGAUACCCAUUCCGCCGACCUCACUCAACUGCUCCAUACCCUUCAUCCUCCGACACAGAUGGUAUCGCCAUCGCUGCCUGUGCAGAAUAAUGUCAACCCCGCCGAUGUCUUCCACAUGUUGGGAAUGUGCCCUGAUUACUCGAAUCACUUUCACGUCCACGAAGCAGCAAACUGCCCAGAGACCCUAGAUGGCAGCGCUGCAUCCAACUCGUUUACCUGCCUGCAUCUUGACGAAGACAGUAUAAGCAAUCUCAUGAAAAACCCUAUGUACAUGAACGGGAGCCUUCCAGCAAGAGGACCCUGCCGAUCCAAUCACCGUUGUCGAACCCACCCCCACGGACAUCACCACUUCUCGCCCUAUUCUCGCCACCAGUCCCGAUCAAGCUUCAGCUCUCAAGUACUCCCCAGUCCUGAUUUCUCAGCAGCAGAGAGCGAUGUGCACAUUUGCAAAUGGGUUUCAGGUUCGCGGGGAAUGCAAAGUACCUGCGGAGCUACCUUUACUAGUGCCUGUGCCUUGCAGGAGCACCUCGUGUCUCGUCACAUGGGACCGGUGAAUGGUGCCAAGGGGACCGGGUACUACUGCUGCUGGGAAGGCUGCGGCCGUCCAGGAGAGCCUUUUUCGCAAAAGUCCAAACUCCAAGGACACUUUCUCACACACAGCAAUUAUAAAAACUUUCAAUGCGCGGUCUGUGGCAAGCUAUUCGCCCGACAAGCGACUCUAGAGCGUCACGAGAGAAGCCACCGAGGUGAGAAGCCGUACAAAUGUACCGAGUGUGGAAAGUCAUUCACAGAUAGCAGCGAAUUAAAAACGCAUUCACGAACUCACACCGGCGAGAAGCCAUUCAAGUGCACGUAUCCGGGAUGCAAAUUCCAAACCGGCGAUUCAUCGAACAUGUCUAGCCACAGACUUACCCACGGCGAACGAAGACAUAAAUGCAACUUCCCCGGCUGUAACAAGAGUUUUACUCGACCUGAUCAAUUAAAACGACACACGCGCUCAACGCACAAGAUAGAAUACCAGCCUCCAACCCCAGGACUCCUCAGCUCUCCACCAGACGAUAACCUCGCAUUCCCAAUUCCAGUUCAAGGUCAUGCUCAGGUUCCUUUCGGCGCAGUUGUAUAG